AUGAUGUCCUCCAAAUUCAAGUGGAUGAUACUGGUUCAGCUCUUGUUGAAUGAACAAGCUUUCUGCAGGGUGCAACAUUCUCUGCGGUCACCAACAACUGACAUCCAUGCGGCUGGAGUGACAGAAAAACGAUAUUCUGAAAAACAGCCACAGUUUAGUCUCCCAUCGGAUCCCGACUCAAGGUUUUCACAUUCAGAGAAGGGCCUUAAUUCAGCCAAAAGCAUAGUCUCCCUCCUCAAGUCAAAGCUACAAGGGAUGAUUACCGAGCCCUACAAUGAGAGUAAUAUAAGCUGUGGGGAGCUGCUUUCCGUCAGUGGUCUGGAUGACCCUUUUGUCUCCAGGUUCCCUCAGGAGCUUCUGGGUCUGUCUUUGGUCCCAGUGUUGGUGGUGGCACACUGCGCACAGGAAGCGCACACCCUUGUUGUCAAGCUGUAUGACCUGUUAGGAGUAGCCGAUACUGACGAACUCCUCCUUGAAGUAGCAAACUUGAUCCAGAGGAGGACAAAUUUGCCAUCUGAAGCCACAACAUCCACUCAGGAGAGUGACCAAGCAGGCUUAGAUGCUGUCAUGUUCAACAUUCAGCAAUUAGCCACAUUGGGAAAGGGAUUGGAACGAAUUAAGAAGAGGCAAAAUUGCAAAGGUUGGACCUGGGUUAAUGGAACAGCCCUGCUUGGAGUAGUUGUCAAGGGCAGCAACGGUGGGUUGGAGGAGGCAAUGCACGCCUGUGAAAAGCUGGGUGUUGCUUGUUCUGGUAUCACAAGUGGUGGACUCCCUGGACGCUAUCAAGCGGUGUUCAAGAAAGGGAGUCGCAUCCUACCCUCUCUAGCCACUGACUGCUGGAUCCAUCAGUGUAACACAGAGCUCUCACACAAUAACGCCUCCUCUCGACGUCUUCGACGCACUCUCCAGAAAGGCUGCAUAAACCAAAAAGAGGAGCGCGUAUACCGAGUGGUGGAGUGGAUCCCCGCAGUCAGCACCCUCUACAACCUGGGCACUGCGGUGUAUUACGCAUCAGUCAACUGCUCUGAGACUGCAAAGGAAAGAGCGGUACUCACUGCUGUCGACCUCGGCACAGACGCCCUUAUUGUCGCCACAGGCGGUGCCGCAGGCGUUGCCGGUUAUGCACUCGGAGCCGGUGUCAAAACGGGCGUCAAGGCCGGGGUCAAGUACCUACUUGGCUCCUUGAAGCAUGAAGAUGUGUUGGUCAACCAGUCCAGCAGGGAGGAGGGUGUCUUCACUGUUCCGUAA